GUAAACACGGUUCGUUCGCAAAAAGAGGAGUCGAGAAUGAGACAUGCUGUUCCUCCAAGCAACAUCGUACCAAGAGUACCAGUCAAUCGUAGUCGACCACAAAGUACAGCGUCAUACAAUAGUCUAGGUAUCCUCAUCUGGACUGGAAAAUAUCGCGUGGCGAAAUUCCAGUCUCUCAACAAGCACUUCCGACUCGCAACGGAGGCACACCUUAUGCGAAGACGACACCGCCCCAAGAGUGGCAAUGCAACAAGCGAUUUAUUCUGA